AUGUCCGAUUCCAAGAAGCGCUCAAAGUCAAGCAAGGAGGAUGCCCCCAAGGAGAACCCCUACCUUGCACACCUCCCCCCUAGCGAGCGACUCGUCGGAGGUGCCUCCACGGCAAAGAACGACUAUGGCCUCGCUGCCAACCACCCUUUGGCCAACUUUGUCAUUGGCGCCACCACCGCCCAGCAAGGAGAGGCUGCCGAGGAGGGCGAAAUCAACCCCUUCACUAACAAGCCCUUCAGCGACAAAUACCGCAAGAUCCUUGCCGGUCGUCGCAAGCUCCCCGUCAACAAGCACCGCAAGGAGUUCUUGGAUCUUGUGCAGAACAACCAGGUCGUGAUCUUGGUCGGAGAGACUGGUUCCGGAAAGACCACCCAGAUCCCUCAGUUCAUGGUGUUCGAUGAUCUGCCAGCCUUCAAGGGCAAGAAGAUUGCUUGUACCCAGCCUCGUCGUCUUGCCGCCAUGUCUGUUGCUCAGCGUGUUGCAGAGGAGAUGGACGUUGUCAUGGGCCAGGAAGUCGGUUACAACAUUCGUUUCGAGGACUGCACCAGCGAAAGGACUAUGCUCCAGUAUAUGACCGAUGGUAUGUUGCUCAGAGAGGCCAUGAACGACCCCUUGCUGACACGCUACUCUGCCGUUAUUCUGGAUGAGGCUCACGACCGUACCCUUUCGACUGAUAUCCUAAUGGGUUUGAUGAAGGAGAUUAUCAAGAAGAGACCCGACCUCAAGGUCGUCGUCAUGUCCGCCACCCUUGAUGCAGGAAAAUUCCAAAAGUACUUUGAUGACGCACCCUUGAUGAGCGUCCCCGGUCGUACCUUCCCCGUCGAGAUCUACUACACCCCCGAGCCCGAGAGCGAUUACUUGGAGGCUGCCAUUUUCACCGCCCUUCAGAUUCACAGGACCGAGGAUGCCGGAGAUAUCUUGCUGUUCUUGACAGGAGAGGAAGAGAUUGAGGACGCUUGCAGGAAAAUCAAGGCCGAGGCUGAUCAGAUGCCGGAUGCUGGACCUAUCAGGGUCUACCCACUUUAUUCGAGUUUGCCUCCCCAGGCGCAGAAGCGUAUUUACGAUGAUGCCCCACCACCAAGGACCACUGGUGGACGCCCUGGACGCAAGGUUGUCGUGUCGACCAACUUGGCCGAGACUUCGUUGACUAUCGACGGUAUCGUCUAUGUCAUUGACCCCGGUUUCUCUAAGCAAAAGGUCUACAACCCCCGUAUCCGUGUCGAGUCGCUCUUGGUCUCGCCCAUCUCCAAGGCUUCAGCCCAGCAGCGUUCAGGACGUGCCGGUCGUACUCGCCCCGGAAAGUGCUUCAGAUUGUACACCGAGAACGCAUUCAUGAAGGAGCUGAUCGAGACCACCUACCCCGAAAUUCUCAGGAGUAACUUGGGCACCGUUGUCUUGCAGCUCAAGAAGCUUGGAAUCGACGAUCUCGUUCACUUUGACUUUAUGGACCCCCCAGCUCCUGAGACUCUUAUGCGCGCUUUGGAGUUACUCAACUACCUCGGUGCCUUGGAUGAUGACGGUAACAUGACUCCUCUCGGAAGCAUCAUGGCCGACUUCCCUCUCGAUCCCCAGCUUGCCAAGAUGCUCAUUACCAGCCCCAAGUACGGAUGCUCCAACGAGAUCAUGACCAUCGUCUCCUUGUUGAACGUCCCAUUGGUGUUCAUGCGUCCCCCAGACCAGCGCAAGAUGGCUGAUGAGGCCAAGGCUCAGUUCUCACACCCUGAUGGCGACCACCUCACAUUGUUGAACGUAUACCACGCAUACAAGACCUCGGGCGAGGACCAGAAGUGGUGCUAUGACAACUUCUGCAACUACCGUACAUUGAAGUCAGCCGAUAACGUCAGGACACAGUUGAAGCGUUACAUGGAGCGUGCCGAUUUGGAUUUGGUCUCGCUUCCCUUUGACGAGCGGCCUAAGGGUCCUUACUACACAGGAAUCCGCAAGGCUCUCUGUGCAGGAUACUUUAUGCAGGUUGCCCAUCAGGAGAGAUCUGGCAACUACUUGACUGUCAAGGAUAACCAAGUGGUUCGUCUUCACCCCAGUUCGUGCCUGGAUCACGCGUCGGAGUGGGUGAUCUACAACGAGUUUGUGCUGACCAACCAGAACUAUAUCCGCACGGUGUCUGAGGUUCGUGCCGAAUGGCUGCUCGACAUUGCGCCCGGCUACUUUGAGCUGGACUCGUUCCCCAACUGUGAGGGCAAGCGCGUUCUUGAGAAGUUGAUUAUGAGGCUGAAGUCGAGCUCGAGUCGCGAGCGCGACGACGAUGAGGAUGAGAGGAGGAAGAGCCGUAAGAGCGACCGUGGCGACCGUGACCGCAAGGACAGCAAGCGCAGGAGAUAG